GACACUUAAGAAUCCCAUGAUAACCUGUUAGCAUUGCUGUUCGAACAGUUAUGGUUUGUGAAAAAUUGUGGAGGCCUGACAAAUCUACUGCAUUAUAGCUUGAAGCUUAUAUCAAUGAUAGCUAUAUUGGUAUCUUUUAGAUUACAGACAUAGGUUUAUUUCUGAACUUGCUGUGCUGUCAGAAGUGUCAUUUCCCCUGUGUAAUUUACAGGGUUAAUGUAUUGCAUGUAAAGCAGUCUAGCGGGAUAGACGUGUAUUUACCGUGUGUAAAUUGAUGCCAUGACAGAAACAAUGCUUGGGCUUCAUUUUCUGCAGCCUAUGUGCAAUAAACAUGCAUAACAGUACACAACAGAAAAUGAUUUUUCACCAAACCUGUUCCUAGUAAGAGUCCACAUAUUAAAGGACUGUAACAUUUACAUUACAUUUUUAGCUAUUAUAAUAAUCAUUCUGAUCUUGAAUAUGCAAAACUGAGUAGAUGGGAAGCUUGUUUUAUCAGCAGGUCACGUUGGAGCAGGCUAUGAAGCCUGUGUGUGUUUAGCAUCUGUUGAACACACCCUAGAAACUGUGAACCUCACAGCUGUUGGAUAAGGCCCAUUGAAGCAGUGCUGUGUCUCUUGGCAAUACGAGCAUGCCAGUCAUUCACUUGUCCUGUUUGUCUUUAUGACACAAUAGGCUCGCUGCUAGCUUUUAGCAGCUCUGCACUUGUCUUGUGUAAACAAUUUACUGGAAAUGACCAUAUCUUGCAUCAUAGGCGCGUGGAAUUCUCACAGAGCACACCUGUCGCAUCAGUCCAGGGCAAUUUGUUUAUCCCUGUGGUACUUUUUAUCAAAGAGAGAGGCAGGUGUAUGUGUUCUCCCUUGGGGAUACUAUACACGGACUAAUAUGCUGACAAAACUGCUGUCAAUUUAGACAAACUUGAGGACAAUAAACCAGCCUUAGGGACUAGUAGGGUGUAGUCUUAGGCUUUAGACUCCACUGCAACUCUAACAAAUGCUUGUCCAUGUGAGCGCGCUUGUGUUGGGGUUUAGCUCAGCGAAAAAGAUCAGGGGUAAUAAGGGUUUAAAAAGUAGAACACCGUCAGGCUGAGAGUCAUUGGUGAUGCUUUGGUGGCCACCCUCAUCUGUGAAAGAAACUGAUAGGACUUCUAAUUUGGACACGAGAGUAUCUCUGACUGACCAACAGGAGAAAAUGUCAGAGAUCUCACUGAGGGGAGUGUAUAUAGGCAGAUUGGAGAUUACAAGAAGAGAUUACAUAUGUGAAAACUGUGGGCCAUGUGAGGACAAGGGCAGGGCCACAAACGAGCACUGUGUAAACAUCUAGCUUGCAUUCUGGUUAAAGCAAUCCUGUGUAAAGAUGGUGAACAUUGAGCCUCCGAAAUGAAACUAAAGUAAACCAAUUCUCAACUCCAUGCAGAAUGUCUAAAAACAUUAAUUUGCCGGCCAAAAUGCACAAGACACAAUUUAGAUGUAGAUGGAGACGGGGAAUGAACAUGUCUGAGCCCUGCACGCCUCAGUGAACAUGGAUCUUUUUUAGACAAGCUGUUUGGAAAGCGGCUCCUGCAGGCUGGACGGUACAUCAUGUCCCAUAAGUCCUGGAUGAAGACAGUGCCCACAGAAAACUGUGACGUCCUGAUGACUUUUACAGACAGCACAGAUGACCACACACUCCUAUGGCUACUGAAUCACAUCCGCCUGGGUAUUCCCGAACUUAUAAUCCAGAUCCGGCACCACAAACAAACACGGGUCUAUGCUUUCUUCGUCACGGCAACCUACGAAAAUUUACUGCGCGGUGCGGAGGAGAUGGGUCUACGCAAAGCAGUGAAGCCGGAGUUCGGCGGAGGCACACGCAGCUUUUCCUGCGAGGAGGACUACAUCUACGAGAACAUCGAGAGCGAGCUGUGCUUCUUCACCUCACAGGAGCGUCAGAGUAUCAUUAAGUAUUGGUUGGACAAUCUGCGAGCCAAACAAGGGGAGGCCCUUCACAAUAUACAAUUCUUAGAGGGACAACCAAUCAUACCAGAGCUCAGUGCCAGGGGUGUGAUUCAGCAGGUCUUCCCCCUCCACGAGCAGAGAAUUCUCAGUCAGUUGAUGAAGUCUUGGGUCCAGGCCGUGUGUGAGAAACAGCCUCUCGAUGACAUUUGCGACUAUUUUGGAGUGAAAAUAGCGAUGUACUUUGCCUGGCUGGGUUUCUACACCACCUCCAUGUUGUAUCCUGCAGUGAUCGGGUUUGUGCUUUGGAUGCUCACAGAAUCGGACCAGACUAGUCGGGAUAUCUGCUGUGUGGUGUUUGCACUCUUCAACGUGGUGUGGGCCACCCUUUUCCUGGAGAGAUGGAAGCGCAGGGGGGCAGAGCUGGCCUACAAAUGGGGGACCCUGGACACCCCUGCCGAAUCUCUGGAGGAGCCCCGCCCUCAGUUUCGGGGCGUGAAGCGGUGCAGCCCAGUGACCGGCUGUGAGGAGUUCUACUACCCCCCCUGGAAGAGGAGGGUGUUCAGGUGGCUGGUCAGCCUGCCCAUCUGUAUCUUAUGCCUUUGCUUUGUCUUCCUGGCUAUGCUCAUCUGCUUUGAGCUGCAGGAGUUUGUGAUGGGGAUCAAAGAACUGCCCCGCGUAGCCAGGUUCAUCCCCAAAAUAAUGCUGGCCAUCACUGUGACCGCAUGCGACGAGGUGUACAGGAAGAUCGCCUGCUGGCUCAAUGACAUGGAAAACUACAGACUCCAGAGUGCCUAUGAGAAAAAUCUCAUCAUUAAAAUGGUUCUUUUUCAGUUUGUAAAUUCUUAUCUCAGCCUUUUCUACAUUGGAUUCUACCUCAAAGACAUGGAGCGUCUGAAAGAGUUGCUGCUGGUCUUCUCAAUAGCGCAGGGCAUUCUGAGACAGGUCAAGGAGAAUGUGCUGCCCUUCCUCUUCCUCAAGAUCCAGCUCGUGUUCAUGAAAGCCCUUCCGACCCUCCGGGCCACCUUCAGGUCCAAAAUGCUGGCCACUCUGCUGAUCAUUCGUCAGUUCUUACAGAACGUGAAGGAGGUUAUUCAGCCUUACCUGUACGAGCGGCACAAGUUAGGCGACCUGACGCUCCGGGCCGUGUGGGACCUCCUCCUGUCUGCGCUGCUCAAGUACGGACGCCUGGCAGCCGGGAAGGCCCAGCUGUCCCCCUCCGACCAAACCAUGCCCGGCCCGGGUCUGAGGGGCACGCGGCCUGGGAUCGGCCAGGCCGAGCGCCGGGAGAAGAAGUGUCUGAACGGGGGCUGCGGCGUUCCUGAGGAAGAGGAGGAACAGGAGGACAGCACGAGGCACAGCGAGGAGGAGAACGAGGAGGAGAGCCUGAUCGACUGCGGCCUGAAGCUGCGCAAGGUCAGCUUCAUCGAGAAGGUGGAACGGAAGCCCGGCGCCGUGGUGACCCAGGUGGAGGACAACUUCCUGGAGGAGGGCAGUCCCACCAUGGUGGAGAAAGGCAUGGACCCCGCCUCCGUCUUUGAGCUGUGCGACGAUGACGACGAUGACAACGAAGUCCCUGAGGUGAAGGAGGCCCCUAGGGAGGCCCUGCCCGCCCCGCUCCCGGCCGGCCCUGAGAGCACCGUCACCCUCCGGCACCGGAAGAGGGGGCGGAGCCUGGAGCGGGAGGACAGCAAGGCCAAGAGGGAGUCAUGGAUUGAACCCCCGGAGGAGAGCGAGCCCACCACCCUCACCCAGGCCGAGAUAGAGAGCUGCAUGCAGACAUAUGAGGACACCUUCCAGGACUACCAGGAGAUGUUCAUCCAGUUUGGUUAUGUAGUGCUCUUCUCCUCUGCCUUUCCACUUGCUGCCAUGUGUGCCCUCAUCAACAACAUCAUUGAGAUUCGCAGCGAUGCCUUCAAGCUCUGCACUGGGCUCCAGAGGCCCUUUGGCCAGAGGGUGGAGUGCAUCGGCCAGUGGCAGACGGUAAUGGAAGCCAUGGGCCUCAUUGCCAUCAUUGUGAACUGUUACCUGAUUGGCCAGUGUGGUCAGCUGCAGAGGCUCUUCCCUUGGCUCAGCCCAGAGAUGGCCAUCAUCUCCAUCGUCAUCCUGGAGCAUUUUGCCAUCCUCCUGAAGUAUGUCAUCCAUGUUGCCAUCCCUGAUAUCCCCGGCUGGGUGGCAGAUGAAAUGGCCAAACUAGAAUACCAACGCAGAGAAGCAUUCAAGAGACACGAGCGGCAGGCCCAGCAGCACUUCCAGCAGCAGCAGCGCAGGAAGCGGGAGGAGGAGGAGAGGCAGAGGCAGGCCGAGUACCAGGCCCGGCGGGAGCGGGAGAGGGACGAGGGCAAGCCCGACUCUGGAGGGGGGGACCACCACCAUGACAAGAGCCACGGGGGCAAGUCGCGGUCCGGCGGCGGCGGGGGCGGCGGAGGCGGUGGCGGCGACAAACCCAAGAGGCCGAGCUCUCUGCUGGCCAACAAUAACGUGAUGAAGCUCAAGCAGAUCAUCCCCUUGCAGAGCAAGUUCUCCUCCGGCACGGCGCGAUCCCCUCAGUCCCCCACUGGCAGCGAACCCAAACUCCCAGGAUUCCUCAGCUUCAAGUUCCUCAAGUCUCCAGAGACCAAGAAGGAGGCAGCCGCUGCUGCUGCUGCCGCCGCUAGCGGUGCUGCCACGGCGACCAUGACCAACCUGGAAAGGUCCCAGUCGCCCAGCAAAUCCUUCAACCCUGGGAAACUCUUUAACUUCGGUAAGUCAGAAGGGGGACUCUGCAUAAACGGGGCCCAGCAGUGUAAAGCUGGGGAUGCCUCCCAAGCCCCCGAUAAGCAGCCCACCAAGUCUGACCUGAAUGGUGUGCCUGAGGAAAUUCCCUCGCCCGGAGGAGAAGGUGGGGAGAACGGACAUUCGGCCGACUCCGAACCCUCUGGCCCUAAGAUCUAAUCCUUCAGAAACAACCACAAUAAAAUUUAAAAAAACAUUCAAAACAAAGGAAGGCCGUGACUGAGGAGAAUUCCCAAGCCUGUUGUUUUUUUUUUUCUGAGCAAUGUCAGCCGGGCUUGGGUUGUCAUAAAGAUGAACUGAGAUGCGCGUUGAGCCUGCUGUGUGCUGAAACACCCGACAGGCUUUCCGGAGAAAUCCCCCUCCCCGUCUACACUCCCUUUUCUGCAAUACAUAUAGGAAUGCAUGAGCUGCGUUUCUUAUCCUUUUAAAGCCUUUUUUUCCUAAAAGGGAAGUGCAGUGUCUCUUAAUUUAUUCUAUAGUCUCAAAAUUGUAAGCAUAUAUCAGUGUUUUUCCACUGAAACGCACAGCCUGGUUUUAAAAAAAAAAAGAAAGAGAAAUCUGGUGUCUGAACCGCAGAUGUGACAUCUCCAAAAUCAUACUAAAAUCCUUCUUGAUCAUCACAGAAAUGAUCUCUGAAUAACCAUAGUGUUGAAUCUGAAUAGAUAACUGAAUGUUUCUAGGCCUGUUCUUUUUUAAUAUAAGAAGAAAGUUGAGUAAGCUCAACAGUGUCAAUCAGUGUCUCAAAUGUGAUUAGUACCACAAGCAAGACAAUUCAUACCUCAUACACUUCCAUUUAAGAAUUCCUGAGAAACCACAAGCUUUAUUUUCUAAGCAAAAUAAUCAAAAUGCUUUGUGUAUUUCCUCCCAGCCACCUGCAAUAUAUAAAGAAUAUGAUGUUUUUCAACAGAAUGUAAGAAAAGGGGGUUUGUAGCUUUGGUGGGGAAUGAGAGGCACAGUUGAAAUUGAUGAGAUCGGGAACACACUUGUGCUUUGUCACCCUGUGUCUUUCUUAUAAUUGAGAGAGGGAGUGUGUUUGAGUGUGUGUGUGUGAGAGAGAGAGAAGAGUAGCUUCUGACAAGGAAGGCUUAGGGAACUAACAGAGCAUCACAUAUGGUUGAGCCAGUAGCUGUGUAUUUGGCUGGCUCACUGGUGGUGAAGUGCGGUGGUGUUGGUGGUCUUAAACUUACGAAUGCGGAUUCUCUUUCUAGCACAUUGAGUAUCUCUGUCACAACGACACAGGUGUAGCGUAAUGAGAGGCCUACAUGUUUUUAAGUUUUCACACAGGGAUGGAGUAUUGGCUCAUACCCCAGUCAGCCAGAGGAAAGGGCUACUGUGUGCCACAGGUAGAGUAGAGAUGUCCGUCUAUGCCUGGGACAGUUUGCGUCGUUUAUUUAAUAUGUGCCAUUACUUUUAACGUUCAGUUCGCAAGAAAGCCAGAAAGCGGUGAGGUAACAUUAUCAUGCACGGCUCACGGCAGAUUAAUAGAGUAACAACAAACAAAAAAAACGUUUGCACUAAACCCUGACGCCCUACAAGGAGAAAUAGUGUUGUCUGCAGGGGGACGGGAGAAUACCAGCCUGCCUCAUAACAUAUGCAAAAGCUGGAAAUGUCUUUUUUUAUUGCAACAUGUCUCUUAAAUUUUUUAGACAUUCAAUCCAUUCUGUUGGAUUCUUGGUUUGUGCAUUUUGGUGCUGCUGUUCUUAUUUAUUAAUAUAGUGAGUAAUGUUGUAUGUAUUCCAGUCUUAGAUUAUGUUAAGUUUGUUUAUUUUUUAUGUGGACAUGGUUUUAUUUGUUUUGUUUUUUUUUUUUAAUUAAUGAUUUGCCAAAGCAACAUCAAAUCCAGGACACUGGCAGGGCUUUUAAACCACAUCCGGAGCCAUACUUACGUGUUUAGUGUCAAUAUUAAAAAAUGUGACACUUUCCACUUGUCUUAUUUAAAAUGUAGAUUUCACACAUCCUACCACCUCCGUAGAGAGUCCCAUGGGGCAUAUGGAAUCCCACAGAUGAAACGGCUCAAUAUUCUCCAUCUCAGUAAACAAACUCAAUGCGUGAUUCAUCUGUGUUGCAAUUCCACUUUUGGACCAGAAGGUUGUGCCAGAAACAAGUUUUAAAAAGAACCCUGGUGACCCUGACAACGGCUUCAUUGUUAGAGGAAAGAUAUACAGAGGAUUAGUGCAGUUGGGCCUAUACAGCAGCUGUUUUUACAGGUCCGGCAUGUAGUAAUUUAAAGCAUGGAACAAGCUGAAAAGAAUCCAAGGAUUCAUUUGUGGCCUAAGUAUUAAUGAUAGGACCCAGACCAUCAUCAUAAUGCAUGUCGUCAGAUAAGUCUGCAGUGCAUUUCCUGUUUCCUCACUAACCCUAUCAAGGAACUUUGCAAUAAAGAGCACUGAACCAUAGUACAACGUUACUACUCUUGUCAAGAAUGCUGUCCUAUGCAUUCUUUAAAGCAGCAAUUUAAGUCAGAUGUAGUCUGACCUCCCUCUCAUUCGCAAUCUGAACAGUUUGGGCUGAUGCAGACACAUCUUUCUAAAAUAUAAAAUCUAAUUAAAUAAUUAUUCCCUAGCGCGCUGUAUCCUUAAGACUCUCAUCCAUGUCUGCUUUUAGGCUAGGGUUAGGCUAAUACCCCAAAAAUGCUAUCACCCCGUCUUCUCUCAAAUUAUGACUUAUAGUACUUACUGUACUAACAUUUGGCGGCAUAAGAUAAAACAUUCAUGACAAUGGAUUUACCCAUCUUCGAUGGUAAUGUGUGUUGGGCUUCAAGGCUAAUUCUUAAUUCAAAUAUUUCUGCUCUUAUAUAGUCAAACAUAAAUGAAUUAAAGAGACAGAGCUCUAUGAAAAUAUUCAGUUUUACUCAAACACAGAGGCCCACUGGAUUUCCUUACGGGGGUACGAGGCGGGCACACAUAAACAUGUUAAUGCAAUAAACCAAGUCAAAGAGGAUAUGCAUUAUCCCAGCAAGUGAAUGUCUUGCAUCAGUGGUCAUGAAAAAGGUUCAUCUUCACUGGGUCUGGAUUCUGCAACACGUUACUACUGUGCGCUUAAUUCAGAGUUUGAAAAGAGACUAUUUGUGCUCUUGGAUGUUUUUUGGAUGUGAAUUAUGCGAAACUACUGAAAAAAGAAAUCCCUUGUGGUACAGUUUUGUUCAGUUUAUCGGUGGGUCCAUUGUUGGUUUUUGCACUGAAGGGUCAAAGGGAUGUGAAAUGAUUUAAAAGUAAGAUUUGAAUUUUGAGAUUUUAGUUCUCAGAGUAGCAUGAGUCAGACUUAAAUUCUAAACAAACAACGUAUGCUUGGUUUAUGUUUAACUGACAUGCUGUAAAUGAGCUUAAUUUUAUAUGGGGGAAGAAACAAGUGAAUAGGAAAGUAAGGGUAUUGGACCAUGAGGAGAGGUAGAAAAUGAGAAGGAAUUUGCAAUGUGAGAGUUCCCACCCAUUUCUUUACUAAUAAAAAAGCAAGUCUUCAUGAAAACUUCACCUGAGUGGACUUCAUGUGCUCUUCCAAUAUACCACUGUACAAAAAAAGUUUUGUUUUUAAUAGAAAAAAAAAACUUGGAAAAUGAAUUUAUUUAUUUCUUUUAAUUUAUUUUGUCAUAUUUUUGUAAGACCUUCAAAUAGAUAAUAAAACAGUUCAAAAUAAAA